UGUAGAGAUUUUCUAUGCAUGACCGAACAAAAAUAAACGUCGUCGAUAUAGCAAUUGAGGACUUCUCUUGCAAAUAUAUAAACCGGUUUCGAGUGUCGUUACGUCGCACAAGGUUAAAGGGUACUUUCCGAAAGCGCAAGAAUUUGCAUUAAUGCAGACAGAUAUUCGAACGCGAGGAAUCGAAGUAUGAGUCUUAUGGAAAACUCGAAUACGCAGGUUCUCGUGGACGAUCAGUUGCAGCAUUUUAUCGAGACCGAGACGAAAAGGCAACAGUUUCAGGGGUUGGUACAUGAAUUGACGAGCCUCUGCUGGGAGACUUGUAUGGACAGGCCGUCGCUACGUCUGGAGACUAAGGUUCACAAGUGUCUCGUGAAUUGCGUGGAGAGAUUCAUUGACACGACCAAUUACAUCACAAACAGAAUAGAACGCGUUGCCACGAGUAUGCAGUCCGAGUCGGACAACAUGGAAUGAGCAUGUACCGUUCCUAGGAUUAUG